CGAAAGCGAAGAAUUCACGAUUUUAUUCCACAAUGAGGUUAAUAGAACGGGCACAACUGGGCAACAUGGAAGAAAUUCUUGAAAUGGAGUAGGAUCCGUUUUUUCUUGUCUUUUUAUCUGCUAUUUGCUGGAUCCAUGGCGGAGGGUGAGGAAUGCGUGGGGCAGGGCGACUGGAAGGAGAGAUGCAUCGCCCUGGAGACCCAGCUGCUCAAGUUUCGGGUUCAGGCCAGUAAAAUUCGGGAGCUGCUGGCCGAAAAGAUGCAGCAGCUGGAGAGACAGGUGCUGGAGGCAGAGAGACGGGCCCAGAAAGCCAACCAGCAGGUCCAGGUGAUGGAGGAGAAGCUGAAGGCUGCGGACGUUCAGACUAGCGAGUCUGAGAUCCGGCUCUUCCGGCGCUGCCAGGACCUGCAGACCCAGCUGCAGGAAAAGGAUGACGUCAUCGCCCUGCUGGAGCAGCAGCUGGAGGAGCAGAAACAGAUCAGACUCCAGGAGGCCAAGACUGUGGAGGAAAAAGCAGCUAAGAUCAAGGAGUGGGUGAUUCUGAAGCUGCAGGAGUUGGAGGUGGAGAACGGGUCCCUGAGGGACACAAACCAGCAGCAGAGCUCUCAGAUCAUGGACCUGCAGAGACGUGUGCAGGAGAUGGAGCAGAAGCGGGUCGGCGCCGCCCAGCCCAAACCCGGCGAGGCCCAGCGCCUCAGCAGCCUCACCUUCGGCUGCUUCCAGGUCCGAGCCAAGAGCCCGCAGGUUCUGACCGGCCCGGAGCCGGCCCGCAGGACCGUCAGCACCCAGCAGGCCCGGGGAGAGCCGACCGAGCCUGGGGGCUCGGAGAAGGGGCGGCGGGGCGGCGGCAGCUCGGAGGAGGAGGAGGAGGGCGGAGGAAGGGCGGGGUCACGGCGCGGGUCGUCAGCGCUGUCGGACGGCGGGGGCAGCGGGGCGGGGCCGCGGUACAGCCGCCCGGGGAGCGAGACGUACCUCACCGCGUCCGACGACAGCAGCUCGCUGUUCGACGACGACAUGCAGAGGGCCGACCGGCCCCAGCUGCGCCUGCCGGGCGGCGGGGAGGGCCCGGGGCCGGGGCCCGGGCGGGGCGGGGCCGACAGCGUCUCCGACGAGCUGAACAAGCGCUUCCAGUCGCAGCGCCUGGACUCCUCGUCCUCCGGCGAGGCGGCCGUCCCCGGCCCCGGCCCGUCCCCGAAACGCCCGCCGCCCGCCGCCGACCACGCCUCCCCCGCCCCGCCCAAGCUGCGCACCCCCGGCGCGUUCAGCGUCAGCCUGGCGCUCGCCAAGAAGCACCUGAGCCAGCCGUCGCUCGGCAACGACGCCGCCCACGGCCGCAACCGCAACGCCAUCAGCAUGCUGCGCCCCCUCCGGCCGCAGGAGACCGACCUGGACCAGGAGCAGGACAUGGACACGACCCGGGACCCCCCCAACGACACCCCCGCCCCCGGGGAGGACGCCGAGUCGCCCGCCUCUCCUGGAGGGGUCCCGGGCAGCAAGCCUCCCACGCCCCCCCUGCACAGGUUCCCCUCCUGGGAAAGCCGGAUAUACGCAGUGGCCAAGUCCGGAAUCAGGCUGUCAGAGACCACGUGUACAGACCCAGUUAAAAACUCCACCCCCCAGUCCUCCAACCCGGCCUCAGUGCUGUACACCUCCCUGAUCUACAGGAACAUGACCACGCCCGUGUACACCAUGCUGAAGGGGAAAGCCACCCAGCUCAGCAGCAGUGCGUUCUCAGACGAGUCGUCAGGCUCAGAGGAGGAGGGCUCUCUCUGCAGCUCCCGCGCCUCCUCCGACUCCCGCAAGGGGAGCAGCCCCGGGAGCCCCCGCGCACUGAAGAGAGCUGUGUCCAUGUCCUCGAUGGCGUCUGAGAGUGACUACGCCAUCCCCCCCGACGCCUACUGCACCGACACAGAGUGCUCCGAACCCGAGCACAAACUGCCCAAGACCUGCUCCUCCACCAGCGACAGAACCGAGCCGCUGGAGAAGUCGGGGUACCUGCUGAAGAUGGGGGGCAGGGUGAAGACCUGGAAGAGACGCUGGUUCGUCCUGAAGGCCGGGGAGCUCCUGUACUACAAGUCUCCGAGUGAUGUCAUACGGAGACCGCAGGGCCAGAUAGAAAUCAACGCCACCAGCAGCAUCACCCGUGGUGACGGCAAACAGACGCUCCAGCUGGUGACAGAGAAGCGGGUGUACUACCUGACGGCAGACUCUCCCAACCUGCUGGAGGAGUGGAUCCGGGUUCUCCAGAACGUGCUGCGGGUCCAGGUGGCCAGUCCGCUCUUCACACAGCCCGAGAUCCGGCCCGGCAUGAAGGGUCUGCUCACCAAGGUGAAACACGGCUACUCCAAGCGGGUGUGGUGUGCGCUGAUCGGGAAAACGCUGUACUACUUCCGCAGUCAGGAGGACAAGUUCCCUCUCGGGCAGAUCAGGCUGUGGGAAGCCCGUGUGGAGGAGGUCGACAGGUCAUGUGACUCAGACGAGGACUACGAGUCAAGCGGGCGGAGCCUGCUCUCCACUCACUCCACCAUCGCCGUGCAGCCGCCGGACCAGGGCCCCACCUACCUGCUGAUUGGCUCUCAGCACGAGAAGGAGGCGUGGCUGUACCACCUGUCCGUGGCGGCCGGCUGCAAGGGGGGGCAGGUGGGCACGGAGUUCGAGCAGCUGGUGGGCAAGCUGCUGCAGGUGGAGGGAGAGCCAGGGUCUCAGAUAUGGAGGCACCCCAUGCUGUGUUUCAGUAAGGAGGGUCUCUCCUCUCCUCUCACCACCCUCCCCUCCCAGGCCCUGCAGACUGAGGCCAUCAAGCUCUUCAAGACAUGCCAGCUGUUCAUCAACGUGGCGAUCGAUGGUCCAGCGAUCGACUACCACGUGUCGCUAGCCCAGAGUGCCUUGCAGGUGUGCCUGACUCACCCUGAGCUGCAGAACGAGAUCUUCUGCCAGCUGGUGAAACAGACCAGGAAGAGGCAGCCCCAAGGCCAGGCCGGGCCCCUGCAGGGUUGGCAGCUCCUGGCUCUGUGUGUAGGGCUCUUUCUGCCCCAACACCCCUACCUGUGGCUACUACAGGUUCACUUAAAACAGCAUGGAGACUCCAGAACGGAGAUUGGGAAGUACGCCAUCUACUGCCAGCGGUCGGUGGAGCGCACUCAGCAGAAGGGUGAGCGCCAGGCUCGGCCCUCCCGGAUGGAGAUCCUGUCCAUCCUGCUGCGCAACCCCUACCACCACUCUCUGCCCUUCAGCGUGCCCGUGCACUUCCUCAACAACACCUACCAGGUAGUGGGGUUUGACGCCUCCACCACAGCGGACGAGUUUCUGGGGCGCCUGAACCAGGACACGGGGAUGAGGAAGACCGGCCAAUCAGGAUUCACCCUCUACACCGACGACCCCUCAGGACGAGACGUGGAGCACAGUCUACAGGGAGGCAUCAAGAUCUGUGACAUCAUCUCAAAAUGGGAGCAGGCUUCCAAAGUUCAGCAAACGGGCAAGUCAGAGAGCACCAGGACCGUACGCUUCACCUACAAGAACAGGCUGUACUUCUCUCUCCAGGUGAGGGGGGAGACAGAACGGGAGAGGCUGCUCCUGGCGUACCAGACCAGUGAGGACAUCGUCAAAGGCCAUUUCCCCAUCAACAAGGAGCUGGCCCUGGAGAUGUCUGCUCUGAUGGCCCAGGUAGAAUUUGGAGAUUUUGAACGUGCGUUCAACAGCCCGGCUGGCCCGGGUUCGGCCCAGUCCAAGUCCAAUCAGACCCUGAAGCAGGUUCUGGAGAGGUUCUACCCAAAGUGCUAUCGCUGGGGCUGUACAGAGGAGCAGCUGAGGGGGUUGCGGCAGCGCCUGUCCACCUGUUGGGGGUCCCUACGGGGCCGCAGUGCGUCUGAGUGCAUCCGCAUUUACCUGACCGUCGCCCGCAAGUGGCCCUUCUUUGGCACCAAGCUGUUCCCCGCCAAGCCCGUCACCCCGUCCCCGCAGCAGGGCGCCCCCGUGUGGCUGGCGGUUCACGAGGACGGCGUCAGCGUGCUGGAGUACAACUCCAUGAAGCUGCUGGUGUCCCACCUGCACAAGAACCUGAUGACCUUCGGCGGUUGCCGUGACGACUUCAUGUUGGUGGUGGGGCAGAACCUGGGGGGCGGCCUGGCCAAGGAGAAGCCCAAGCCCAUGGAGAAGCACCUGUUCAGCAUGGCCAAGCCCCGGAUCUUGGAGAUGACCCUGCUCAUCGCCAGCUACAUCAACAGUGCGCACCAACAGAAAGCCGCCGCCCACCACCUCUCCGCCCCCGCCCUUCUCUCAGCCCAGCCAAUUGAUCUCAAGCACGUGGAGCUGGACAGCCAAUCAGUGCUUUCUCCCCUCAGGCCCAGCAAGGCUCCGACCCUGCUGUGAGCACACUCUGAUUGUCGCCCGUAUUCCAUCCUAGGGUGCGUCCGAAUACUAAAAAAUGUACCCCACCCUUGUCUCCUAUCUGGAAGUAUGGGGGGAGGAGAUGAGUGGAGGAAAAAAAUGUUUUACAGUAUUGGGACGGACCCCUACUUCGUCAUACAGGAGCCUAGAUGGUUCUAAAGUCAAACAGCAGUAUGAUUGAUCAUGUGACAUAAUAUUGCCUUUUGUUCUCGGAUCAUGUGACAUGGUAGUGGCUGUUGUCAUCGGAUCAUGUGACAUGGUAGUGGCUCUUGUCAUUGGAUCAUGUGACAUGGUAGUGGCUCUUGUCAUUGGAUCAUGUGACAUGGUAGUGGCUCUUGUCAUCGGAUCAUGUGACAUGGUACUGCCUUAUGUCACCGGAUCAUGUGACAUGGUACUGCCUUAUGUCAUCGAUCAUGUGACAUGGUACUUGUCUUCCUCAUUGGAUCAUGUGACAUGGUACUGCCUUAUGUUAUCGGAUCAUGUGACAUGGUACUGCCUUAUGUCAUUGGAUCAUGUGACAUGGUACUGCCUUAUGUCAUCGGAUCAUGUGACAUGGUACUGCCUUAUGUCAUCGGAUCAUGUGACAUGGUACUGCCUUAUGUCAUCGGAUCAUGUGACAUGGUACUGCCUUAUGUCAUCGGAUCAUGUGAUACGGUACAUUGUCUUCCUCAUUGGUACGGUCACAUCCAAAGGUACAUGCUACUUCUUUGAAGAGCCUGGAGUGUUUUAGAAAAAUAUGUUAUGCCUUAAGUGUACUUGAGCACUUAUGUAAUUAUUAUCUCAUAAUAAUUACAGCAUUAUUUUGGAAAACUUUCUGUGAUCCUUCUCUUGGUAUGCCCUUCUGUACAGAAGAGCAUCAGGUCCACAUUGGAAACAAAUCUCAUAAUUUCAUUGAAAUAUUUCAGAUCUUUCAACUUGAAGGCGAUGUCAUCUUCUACACUUAUUUAAACUUCAGCAAUUUAAACUUAAAUUUAUGGUAAAACUCACAACAUUGGUAAUCUAGUAUUCUCACAUGGACCUAAUGUUCUACAGUACUUCUUAAACACAUGGAAGGAAAAUAUAUGCAACCAUUUUUUUAUAUAUUUGAACUGUUAAUAAUAAAUAUGAAGGGGGGGGGGGGUUGGCAGAAUCUUGUGAAAAUAAGAUGUGCCUUCAGCGUGAAGGGCUGGAUUAAUGUAGCGUUUCCCCUUAUUUAUCCACAAAUACUAUUAUUAUUACUCAUUGCAUGGCUACAGUAUUGAAACACAAUGACUGAAAGAGUGCCAGGCACACAUAUGAAGGAAAAGCUUGACUGAAGGCAACACCUAUAACCUGUGUGAUGAACCAAACAGAACUGGAAGCUGCCUCCUUUCAAUAGUGUGACUAUUUUUAGUUUCUGAAUGGAUGAGACUUCCUCUGGAGACCCAUCUCUGUGUUAAAGGUACAAUAGGUAAGAUGUUUGUGUUAAAACAUUGUUACAAGACCAUUGUAAAUCCCUUCCUAUCAUUGUUGAUAGGACCGACACUGGUUCUAAUUGCCACGUUCACAGAGAAGGGAGAGGGAUAAACAGUGUCGUGGUCUGAGGGUGUUUGUUGCUGCAGUUCCUCUCUUGAUCGUUAGAAGUCCGAAAUUACCUAUUGUACCUUUAAUCUUUAGUUUUUAGUUAUGUGAAUUUCACAUGGAUGGGUCUCAGUGUUUAGCUACACUGAGAUUUGUCUGUUUGUUUCAUGUACUGUGAUGUUCCUGUGAAUCGGCUUGUGUGCCGAUGGAUAAAUCCUCACAUCCUCCUCAGGCAGGAAGUGACAUCGUCCCACAGAUCAUGAGCUCUAUGCCUCAGCCACACAUUCCUGCCUUUGUAUUUGGUAAAAUAUUUUUGUCUAAAUGUGUAAGAAAUUCAGUUUAAAAGAGUAAUAUUUUAAGAAUUAUCUGCUUACAUAUUUAUUUUGAUAUGCCAGAAUAUCUAUUUAGAUAUGGUUGCUAUGACUGUCACAAAAAAAUGCAAUAUUUAAAUACACAACAUUUUAUUAAA